AUGAAGCUUUGCAACCAUCAUCCAUGGCUCAGGGUAUGCGAGCAGGGCUAUGAGACGUCUCUGAUCGACACAGGUAGAUUGGAGAUGUUGAGUUCACGAUCUGAGCAGCCCGAUGAUGCCUGUCCCAGCCUCAUCGUAUUUGUAGGUCAACAAGCAAAAUCGAUCGCCCUCGAGAAGCUCUUCGACAUCCCUCGAAGUCGCCUGUUCAAGGGCAAACCUUAUGUUGGAGAUGUUGACCUUCACGUGGUGUCUGAAUCGCCCAGUUCCAGAAGACCCAUCCUCGUUGCCGCUGGUUCAGUCGGUAGCAAGCGGGUUCGUCGCACCCCGAACCGCCACCGCUGCCACGAUGGAAGCAGAUGGCCUUUGCGCACCUUGCCUGGUGGAACCGAGCCUCAUCAUAUGCAACACACCGAACAAGCAAUCUAUAGCCGGCUUCUUCUACCCUUCACCGAUCUUUUCUGUAUCUUUGCCUCCGACCUAGGAGGAUUCCGAGGAGUUGCUUCUCAGUUGGCGGGUUGGCUGCGUGACGUGACCGUCCCUAUCUCCACACCUUUCAACCGACCUUCCGUGGUCGUCGUGACUGACAAAAUCCCACUGACCCCGAUGGCAGAAACCGAAGCCCAAAAAGCCCUGCUCUUGUUGUUGAAUGAAGAGACCAGCCAAGAUCCAUUUGUUUUGUUCUCAUUUAUCGAAGUUGUUGCCGUUCCCCGCAGUCAGAAAUUUCGUUCCCAAGGGUCCUUGGAGCGCCUGCAGCAUCGACUUCUCUUGCGUAUCCGAAAAGCCGAGCAAGUCAGACGUGAGACCCGUACUUUGUAUUCUCCGACCCACUUUGCAGCCUUUUUCAAAUCAGCCUGUGAGCACUUCUCCACCUCGGGCUCGGAGCCGUUUGAUUUUAUCAAAGCCUCUCGGUCUCACAACCCAUUGGCGGAAGACCAUGCGCUGCACCUGGCGAACCUCUUGAGGACUUGCGAUACCGCCCAAGAUCUGACGGACUUUGUGGUGCCUGUCAUCGCCUCGAGUCUGAUGAUCGAUAGCUACCCCCCGGACUGCCACGGAUUUGACUCUGUCCAAGUCUUUCAGUCGCUUUACCGGGACGCUCUCCGUGAAGCAGUUGGUGGCCGGGUGGUAUCUUUCGAGGGAUCGUCGGAUAUCAUCUUGCGUUCGGCCGUCCUCAAGCUCGUCCAGGGUAAGUUGUCGCAAUACUGUGAUUCAUUGGGCUCUGGGACAGACGUACCCAGUGCGUCUCUGCAUUUACAUACACUCCAACAAUUUGUGGACAGAUGGAGUCGUAUCUGCAGCGAGGCCACUUGCCUGUGCUGCAUACGGCGAACACCACGGUAUCGACUCCCCUGUGGGCACUGUCUCUGCGAGACAUGUAUUCAAAUCUUCGGGCACACCCUAUCCAGUCGGCCUUGGACCUAUGUAAUCUCGUCAUGCUUUCUCUGUAAGCGUGCAUGGGAUCGAGACAUCACGGUGGCGGUUAAGCCUCCGACCAGUGGAGUGAGCAUCCUCAGCAUCGACGGAGGCGGAACUCGGGCUAUCAUCCCACUAACCGUGCUGAGGAGACUUCAGGACCGAAUUGGCCUCCCGAUCCCGAUUCAGAAGUUUUUCAAAGUGGUAGGUGCCGUCAGCUCCGGAAGUUUCGUCGCAUUGAACAUGUGGAACCGUGGUGACUCAGUCGACAAAUCUAUCCAGAUGAUGUUGCAAUUGGCGGAGGCGGCAUUCGAACAAGAUAAAACCAGCAAAAUUCCUCUGGUCUCUUGGCUCACGAAGAUGGUGAAGUGGUAUGUUCGAGAUGGCCGCUAUCGUCCAGACAACCUCGAAUCGAUUCUGCAGUCUCUUCUGGGGAGGUCAACAACGAUGCAGGACUGCUCCUACGCCACGGGACUAGGCGCCAAACUUCUGGUGUUAGCCGCCACCGUUUUGAAGACACCUUCCUGCCACCUAUUUACAAACUACAACAAAGCCGUGCAGAAUAAUCUCAACCCAGGAGAUUGGACAGGAGCCCGGAAAGCUCGUCUUUGGGAAAUCGCCCGGGCUGCGUCUGCCGCCCCAACAUUCUUUCCGACCAAACAGGUUCCUCAAUUGGGUACGUUUCAAGACGCGGGCCUUUUGGAGAACGAUCCGGUCAGCACUGUAGUGUCGGAGGCGAAGAUGCUCUAUCCGUCGUCACGGACGGAUUUAAUCGUAUCUUUAGGCACCGGAACAAUCCCCGAUGCCGACGUCGCGGAAGGUGCUCAUACCGCCAGGCCCCGGAAGGCUCCCUUUCGCAUCCAGGACUUGAUCUGGGAAAAAUCGAGAGACAAGCAGGUUCGCCAAGCGUUCGCCCAUCAUCCUGAAUACCACCGUCUGGACCACGAAAUGGAUCGCGACUAUGCACUUGACGACGUGAGUCAAAUGCCAAAGCUUCUGGAUAGAGUCGAGGCCGAUGAUUCGCUGACAGAGCCGAUCGAUCGCGUGGCUCGCUGUGCCUUCGCCUCCCUCUUUCACUUCGAGCUGAGUGGGAUGCCUUCCCGUCGAAAUGGGAAAUACAUUGGAGUCGGGUUCAUUUUGUGCUCCAUACCAGGGGUCGACCCGGCUUUCAAGUCAUUAUUCACUCGGCUUGCAUCUGAACGCGCUCAACUGUACGUCAACGGACAACCUAUCUCUUGCACGUGGGAUGAUGGCAGGGACCGUGAUGAGAAUGGCAAUUUCUGCAAGCGUAUUCAAUAUGAAACUGGAGAUCAAAUCAGCAUAACCAUGUGCAUGAGCGGCACAUCUGCUCCAGGGUCUCAUAUAAGUGGGCUACCGUCUGCCAUUGUUCAUCUUGUGAAGGCACAAGGGUUGAACGCGUAUUUUGGGACAUCUGACCAUCGAAAACGAAAGAGGAUCGCUGAUGAUGAUGUGCGUACUGCAAAGAAGAAAUGUUUAAUCGGUGGGUUUGCAUGA